CGCGGCGAAGAACAGGAAGUUAACAUUCUCAGACUCGGUCGCGGAUGCUGCCGUCGACUCCCUUUUUCUGUGAAUGGUCACUGAUUGUGCUCGACUGUUGCGGGUGGUUAGGACUAAACUUUGAAAGCCAGCUGUCGAGAAAAGCGCUCGUUGUUGCUAGCUAAUACCCGAGACACCGCGUGGACUCGGGAGUUACAGUAUUUAGACAAGGGCGUGUUUGAAUCCGAAGUAUUGGAGCCAGACUGCCUCCACCUCCUCCUCCUCCCCACUCACUGGAUGCUAGCUCGGUAGCCUUUGCAUGUCGUUGCACCCGCAGUUAAAAGUUGCGUUAUAGUCUGGGCUUUUUAUUUAUCCGGAGGUCAGUUCGGAAGAAGAUGGGAUGUACUCUGAGCACGGACGACAAGGCGGCGCAGGAGCGCAGCAAGAUGAUCGACAGGAAUCUCCGAGACGACGGAGAAAAGGCUGCCCGGGAGGUCAAGCUGCUGUUGCUCGGUGCUGGAGAAUCUGGGAAAAGUACCAUUGUCAAACAGAUGAAGAUCAUCCAUGAGGCCGGCUACUCAGAGGAGGAGUGUAAGCAGUACAAGGCCGUGGUCUUCAGCAAUACCAUCCAGUCCAUAAUCGCCAUAAUCAGAGCCAUGGGACGUCUGAAGAUUGACUUUGCUGAUCCAGCCAGAGCUGAUGACGCGCGGCAGCUGUUCGUGCUGGCCGGCUCGGCAGAGGAGGGCUUCAUGACAGGGGAGCUGGCUGGAGUCAUUCAGCGGCUGUGGAAGGAUGGAGGAGUUCAGGCCUGCUUCGGCCGCUCCCGAGAGUACCAGCUCAACGACUCUGCAGCAUACUACCUGAAUGACUUGGACAGGAUAUCGCAUGCUGCGUAUGUACCUACCCAGCAGGAUGUGUUGAGAACCAGAGUCAAAACUACUGGUAUUGUGGAAACGCACUUCACUUUCAAAGACCUGCAUUUCAAAAUGUUUGAUGUAGGUGGACAGAGAUCAGAGAGAAAGAAGUGGAUUCACUGCUUUGAAGGAGUCACUGCCAUCAUCUUCUGUGUGGCUUUGAGUGACUAUGACCUUGUGCUGGCUGAGGACGAGGAGAUGAACCGGAUGCAUGAGAGCAUGAAGCUGUUCGACUCCAUCUGCAACAACAAGUGGUUCACAGAAACCUCCAUCAUCCUCUUUCUGAACAAGAAAGACCUGUUUGAGGAGAAGAUCAAAAAGAGUCCUCUCACAAUUUGCUACCCCGAAUAUGCAGGCUCCAACACCUAUGAAGAGGCUGCAGCUUACAUUCAGUGCCAGUUUGAAGACCUGAACAAAAGGAAGGACACCAAGGAAAUCUACACCCACUUCACCUGUGCCACAGACACCAAGAACGUGCAGUUUGUGUUCGACGCCGUCACCGACGUCAUCAUCAAAAACAACCUGAAGGACUGUGGCCUCUUCUAAAGGCAGCCUGGCGGACAGCGUCGAGAGUGACUUUAUUGAUGAGCAGUCUGACUGGAGGGAACUUCGUGGACCCUGCUGAGAAUGUCACUUUUAACCUUCUAUUAACUUAUGUUCAUCUCUAAAAGUUUUAAAGAUGGUGUGUAGAAAAAAAAACAUUUGUGUAAAAUAUUUGUAAAACUGUCAAUGGCUGGGGAUUUUUCAGUUUUUAAAAUGUGCUUAUUUUACCUUAUUAUUAUUUUUCUUUUUUAUAUUAAAUGGGGGCCUUUGCUUUUAUUAUUUUUUUCAUAAAUGAACAGUUUUUGUCCUGUGCGUAGGUUUUUGUGCCUUGCAUGCUUUAGGUGCAGUGUUUUUUUGUUGACUUAGAUGUUCGCUUUAUGUAGAUGUUACCAUUCAACUUUUUCUAAGCGCCCCCACAUUGAUAUUAACUUUUUCUUUCCAGAUUUUUUUCCAUUGUCUCAUCAUUUUUGUCGUCUUCUUGUACAAACCAAGCGAGACCAAGUCACUCUGUAGACCAGCUCACUUUGACAUACUGUGAGAGAUUGUGUGCGUGCCUGUGUGUGUAGUUUGCAUGUGAGUCGUGAGUGUAAGAUGUUUGGUUGAGGCCAAAAGCCCGAGUGGUUGUAUGAGAUUGUGUGUGUUUGGUUGUGUGCACAAUAGUAAACAAAAGGGACUUUAUUCCUCUACUUGUCAUCCUCUUUCAAAGUUUUAUUUUUCUAAGCGACCAAAAAGAACCUAUUGUCUCUAAUUAAUGUGUGCACGUUGUUGGUGCAGGACUACAAAUUGAAACAUUCCCGAUUUGAAUCAGGAAGUAAAGAGAAGCUUUGAAGAGGAUGCCAGUGGUGGUCUUGUAGCAGACAGUAGGACCAUAUGUAGAUCCGUGUGCAGUGCAUAGGCAGACAGGACGGCGGCUCGGUACAAUUGCACUGUUAUUGAUUAUGAUCUGUAAUGGUUUCAAAUCACAUAUCCCCCAUGGACCCCCCACCCUCUGUUUCCAUUGGAUGGGGACGUUAGUGGACUAAUCUCCAUGAUUUGCUAAUAAAAAAAGCUGCUGUGGUAAAACCAUGAUAGCUUAUGCAACAAAA